UCUUCAACUUGCUUGUUGUACCAAAAGUCCAAAACACCAAAGAUAUUAAAUUUACAAUAUAAAACAGAAAAGUAAAAUCAAAUCCUCACGUUUGAAAAGUUUGAACCAGUGAAUGUUUUGCAUUUUUUUUUGCAUGAAUAAAAACCAUUUGACUAAUCAGCCCUACUGUUGGGGUGGGCUGCAGAGGGUGGACACAAUAACACAAAACACUUGAACAAUAAAAGGCGAUGUAAUAAAAAAGUCCUGCAGUAAAUACUACAUGAUUCAAGUCUGAAAACAGACACAAAUUGACUAAAGCACAGAAAAACCUCCUGAGAUUUGUGUCAGCAGUCUUUUGCCCCACAGUUGCCCAUUAUAAGCUUCACAAGGGUAGCAUUUGCUGCACAUUGGAUUUCAUUAGAUGUUCAUACAUAAUUGUGUCCAACUCCUCCUGUCUUGAACUAUUGUUGUUCCCUGUCUACCUUGCACCAGCUGUAUUUGUGCAGUAGAUGGUGUCAUUUCAACUCCUCCGGAACCAUCCUUCAAGGAAAGUUGCUAUGUAACGGCUGUUACACAAUUCCCGCUUAGGUUCAUCCCAUUCAUUCCAGUUCACUAAGGGUCAUAACAUAAUGAGUGUACAGUUUGAGCAGCCAAGUUUAGUUACUGAGAGGUUACCACCGUUUAUGUGAGGUCAUAUAUUGCAACAAGGCGGCCUUGGUUUGAAGAUAAUAUGUUCUCUUAUCUCUUGAGUGGAGUAAUGGGGUGAUGAUGCCCAUCCACAUAAUCAUCUAAGCUGUGCCAGUUUCAGCAGAAAGACUGUGAAAUAACCUUUUUUUUUUACCCCCACAACAUUGCACUGCCUGGGUGCUCGGGUUCAUAUCAAUCAGCAUAUUUUUACUCCUUUCUGCUUCUGUUCUGUCAAACUUUACUGAAGUUUAAGAUUUGAAAAAAGACACAUUUUCACAACACAUCUUUGUAUUUUAUUGACUAAACAUUGGUCAUUUUGAAAAUGUAACAUUGCAUUUCAGUACUACCACAUUGGUUUUCUCUGUUUGAGUUGAGUCAUCUGCCUAUUCUAUGUUUGCUGAUUUAUAGAAUAUAUUCUACUAGAAAACUGUAACCAACCAAAAGUUAGGAUGUUUUGGCCACAGUUUCACCACAUCAGACUAGUCUUGUUUUAAAAUUCCUAACUGGAGCCUGCAAAAUCACAAAAUUGCCGUGUCUGUACUUCUUUGGAAAAGUGACAUGUGAGUUGGACUAAAGGGCACAGUCAUAUGAAUGCAAAUGUCUUGAUGGCCCCAUGACUCAGACAGAGACUGUCGUUGCCGUGUGGCAUCAUGGUGUCAGAUGAGUUGACCUUUGUUUGCAAUCUCUUGCAAUGUUUCAUCAGAUUAAAGUAAUAUUUAGAUCGAGAUGUUGAUUCGAAAGAUCGGGCGAUGGAUUCCUUAUAGGAUACCACUUUCUGUUAAAACAUUUCCAACAGUAUCAUCUGCCCUUUGAAAAACAAAAGAAUCAGUUCUGCAGCUGUGUUGUUUUUCUUGGGUUUAAUGUGUCUUAGUUUCCCAUGGUUCCAACAAAAUGUAAUUUCUUGUGGAGCCAAAGAAAAUAUAAGUCACAUAUGUUAAUUGAUAGGUUUGGGUGUGUUGAACGUGCCCUUACUUGGUCUGGGCUAUAAGCCAAUAGCUGGGAUCAUCACCUUGGCAUACAUACACCCCUAACAAUAAACCAAACACAGCUUAGUAGGGCUUGAUAAAUUGUGUAAUUAUCAUAUAUGCAGCAUACAAAGAAGCAGCAUUCAACCUAAACAAAAUUGUCUUCAGGAUUUCUCUUCAUUAACCUUCAAGAAAUGUUUUUAUUUUCAGCAAACACCUUAAACAAAAAGACAAAAAAAGUACAAUCUUGCUAUGAUCAUUUUAUAAUUGUACAACAUUUAUGGUUGGUUCUUCGGUAAAAUGCCUGGCUGAGUUAUCUGAAUAACUAAGCUGAGUAAAACUGAGAACAGAUUUUUCUCUAUACUUGGAUGAUUUUCAGGUUAGUCAGCCCCAGAAUAGUCAGAUGAUACGGGUGUGUCCUUGUUAACCCUUGGUGCUAUUCUUUUGACUUUUAUGUGAUAAAUAUACAUUUGACACAACAUUUUCUUACUCUUCUGGCUGCCAGACAUACAAUCAUUAUCAGAACAACAGUAUGUCUGAUACUUAUCUUAUUCACAGGAAAAAGUAGAAAAAUAAACAUCUCUACACAAAAAAUGUGUUUUGCUUUCAUAACGUCAGUUGAAUGUUCGAGCUUCACUGUGCAUAGUUAGAUAUGUGCAGAGUUUGACACGAGAAGGGUGUUUUCUCACAUUGAUUUGCUGAGUGUGAAACGUCUCUCUGUGCUCAACUUUGAAUCAAAUUUUGUGACAUCACGCAAAAAAGUUUGAGAGCCAAUCGUUGCCCAAUAUGCAACUUACAGAAGCAUGAUUACACGAUGACUCGGAGUCACACAGAAGACAAAUAACUGUCUGUUCCAUGUUUGACUUCGAAACACCCUCGAAGCAUGUUGCACAAAGUAUUAGAGCGACUGAUCAAACACUGACGGGGGAAAUUGUCACGAAUGGUGGUAAACAACAUCAGAUAAGCAAACAGCCAAUGGGAUAUUCAGAGCUGGAGGCAUGAAUUUUUCCAUCGACCAAUUGCUUUAAAACGACGUCGGAAUAGGCAAUAAGAAGAGGACUUCAGUAACCAGGGACCGUAACGCACCAGUUACGCAUCUUUCUAUUUUCAUCGGCACCUACAUCUCUCAGUUCCCGGAUCCGCUGCAGCUGUGGUACCUUCAGCACACGAACCACUUCAGCGAAAUGACCGAAACGGAAACCAGAAAUCAUCACGAUGGCAAGCAACAGAACGGAGAUACCAUGGCAGAAACAUCGACGGUAGAGGAUGUUUUUGACGACACCUAUAAAGAAAAAGAAGGUCCCAAACCGCCGAGGAUACUAGUGUGGAGAAAUAUCAUACUUAUGUCCCUCUUACAUGUCGGUGCGCUUUACGGACUGACCGUCAUCCCUUCCGCAUCGGCGUUAACUCUUGCUUGGACUGUGGUGUGCUUCCUCAUCAGCGCUCUCGGUGUGACUGCCGGUGCACACAGAUUAUGGAGCCACAGAUCCUACAAGGCCUCCUCUCCCCUGCGAGUCUUCCUCGCUAUCGCCAACUCCAUGGCCUUUCAGAAUGACAUAUACGAAUGGGCGAGGGACCACCGCGUCCACCACAAGUAUUCCGAGACGGACGCAGACCCCCACAAUGCCAUGCGGGGUUUCUUCUUCGCCCACAUCGGUUGGUUGUUGGUUCGCAAGCAUCCUGACGUCAUUGAAAAGGGACGAAAACUGGAGCUCACAGACCUGAAGGCAGAUAAAGUGGUCAUGUUCCAAAGGCGGCACUACAAGCUCUCUGUGUUGAUAUUUUGCUUCUUGGUGCCCAUGUUUGUCCCCUGGUACUUCUGGGGUGAAUCCCUCCAUGUGGGAUACUUCCUCCCUGGACUCCUGAGAUACGCUCUGGUGCUCAAUGCCACCUGGCUAGUCAACAGCGCUGCACACAUGUGGGGCAACAGGCCUUAUGACCGCACCAUUAAUCCGAGGGAAAACCCACUGGUUGCUCUCAGCGCCAUAGGGGAAGGCUUCCACAACUACCAUCACACGUUCCCCUAUGACUACGCCACCAGUGAGUUCGGCUGCAAGCUCAAUCUCACCACUGCCUUUAUAGACCUUAUGUGCUUCCUGGGUUUGGCCACGGACCGUAAGAUAGUGUCAAAGGAAAUGAUAGCUGCGCGCAAGCAGCGAACGGGUGACAGCAGCAACAAAAGUGGCUGAGUCACUCUUGCUUAAAAACUCUGCAAUUGAUGCCGAUGUGUCGAACCAAGACAGAACGUAGCAACAGUGAUAGCAGCAUUUCGGUGAGGCAGUAGUGGUUGAGUGGUGAUUACCAUGCUUCUGAUUAUAAGUUAAACCUCUUCCAGAGACUAAUAUUGGCUUUAAAGAGUCAUAGACCUUUGCAUAAAUUGUGUGGGUCUGUUGUUUUGAAGUGUCCUCGCCUCGCCACAGCCAGCGACAUGGCUACACGUGCAAGCACAGCUUUUUCACCAUAAUAUCAAACAGGUGCAAGGAGAAUGGAAAAAAAAUGGCUAAUUGGGAUUUAAAUCUCUUUUGGCACAGCCAAACAAGUGAGCGGUGUCAAAGCAGUGAUUAUAGAAUAAUUAAUCUCUUAUUUAUUCAUGUGCUAUUUAUUAAUAGUCUUUGGGAGCUUUAUUGAAAUCCUUAAUAGUGAGGUUUCUCUACAGGCAAGGUUUAGUCGUGUCUGUUUUUUAAGGGUCUUUUGGUCUAACUUCUGUCAGUAGUGCUUUGUUUCAUUCCGCAGGGAGUGGAGUGUAAUCUCGAUAUUUGUUCAGCUUUUUUAAGCUAAGGUUUUCUCUAUUUUUGGUAAGCCAGUAGUCUUACUAAACCAUAAGCUGCUGUGUUCAAGGCCAACACCGAGACAGUCAACACACUUUUGAACUGUCCCCGUGUGUCAUAUCAGAGCAACCCGGGGUGAAUUCAGUUCAGAUCUGAUCUACUUUGGGAUACUUUCUCACCAAAUGUCUCCUGUCCGAGGGGCUCUUAAUGAAAGUCUUUAUAAGGGAUUAAAUUCUCUGGUUUAAUACAAUGUAUACCUCUGGUUGAGUAGUGAAGCUGCCUCUGACUCCAUUAUCCAACCUCGUCAUGGAGACAUCUCUGCACAAGCAUACAACCAGAGUUCUCACUCUUAAUCGGAAAAGCGAGAAUUGUUUGCUUUUACUGUCAAUCCAGAUAUAAGGUCUCCCUCUCCCUCAGAUAAGGUCAAUGAGGCAUGUUUAGGAGGUGCAUUAACCUUUUGUGCUCUCUGAUAUUAUUAAAACAAAUAUCAGGACUCUUGCCCAAAUGCCUUAUAAGGGUAAUAUAUUGUACUUUUCAGUUGCACACUUAUUAAAAAAAUUUAAAGUGCAAGUUUCAGAAAUCAAUUAGGGCUUAAAUUUGCUGUCUAAUCACGGCUGUGUUGUGACUGUCUGUUUGUAAGGAACUCUUGAAGAACUGAAAUCCCUUAUUUAUAGUAAAAAAGAAAGAGGGACCAUUUAAAAAAAAGACAUCGUAAAGAAGUAUGGGUUAUUUUCAUUUAACCUUUGAAUAAGCCAAAAGAUUCCUCUUAAACAGGAUAUUGUAAUAUUUGACACACUUCCUCUUUUCAAGUACAACAAUUUUUACAGUGUUAACUUCUUGAAGUUUAAAUGCCUUAAAAAAUGGCACAUUUUUUCAAAGAAUGUUUUUGCCCACUGUAUGUACCAUAAAUAAACCAAAUUUUCUACCUGUGAAAAAGUAUGUUUUGCUGUUUUUGUUGGAUUUCUGUAAUACUCCUUAUUCAUAUACUGAAUAAAAAAAUUAUGAGCAUA